AUGAUUGGCUAUAUUGAAAGCCUGUCUAAGCUUGGGUUUACAUUGGGCCAAGAGUUGGCCACUGAUGUUAUUCUGCAAUUGUUGCCAGAUAGCUACAACCAGUUUGUCCUCAAUUUCAAUAUGAAUGAAAUUGACAAGACUCUGCCACAGUUGCUUAGUAUGUUACGAACUACUGAAGGCAACAUGAAAAUGGUUGGACCCAAGCCCAUACUGAUGGUCCGUAACAACAAGGGAAAGGGAAAGGCCAAAGUUCAGACAAAGCCUAAGGGGAAGGGUAGGCCCAAGCCUGGAAAAGGAAAGGUUGCACUGGAAUCUAAAGGUGGGGUGUCUAAGGAAGGAAACUACUUUCAUUAUGGUGUGACUGGACAUUGGAAGCGGAACUGCCCUAUCUAUCUUAAGGAAAUCAAGAAGACCAAAACAAGCGGAACGUCUGCUUCAGGUAUUUAUGUUAUUGAUAUUAAUAUAUCAACUACUACUUCUUGGGUAUUAGAUACUAGUUGUGGUUCUCAUAUUUGUACUUCUGUACAGGGACUACAAAGGAGUAGGACUUUGGCUAGAGGAGAUGUGGACCUGCGAGUUGGAAAUAGAGCAAGAGUUACUGCAUUAGCUAUGGGAACAUGCAUUUUAUCUUUGCCUAGUGGAUUUGAUUUAUGUUUAGAGGAUUGUUAUUUUGUGUCCAGUUGA